UAUUUCCCACCGGCGGGCGAGGAGUCGCGGCGGCCUGCGCAGUUGUCAACGCCCAUGUCGCCUAUCGGAUCGCCGGGCCCGUACUCCGAUGGAACGGGCACGCCGGGCCCUGAUCUGGGCAGGAAGAAGAGCCUGGUCAAGCCUGAGCGCAUGCGCAUUGGAAAGGAUCAUCCUAAUUACUACUACCGCCAGCACGCGCAGCAGAGGGGCGUCGAUGUCAUGCCCUCGUCCACCGGGAACGAUCCGAUAAUUGAGGAUCAGGAGGCGGCGUCGACGAGCACGAGCACCGAGGAGACGGAUCUCAAGAGUUUUGCGAGGCAUCAGCAGAGGGAGUAUGAUGAUGAGCGGCCGAUUGGCGGCGGUGGUGGGGCGGCGACUAGCAGAGCUGCUGCGCCGAAAAAGCUGCAGAGACAAUCGACAAAGAGGCAGUCGUACAAUGAAAAGGCCAUGGCCAAGAAGCAGCAGAAGGAGACGCUGAGCCCGCCGAGCGCGUGGAAUGUCUACUGCGCGAUCGUCACGUUCUGGUGUCCGGAUGCCGUGUUGAGGUGCUUUGGCAAGCCGCAGAAGGCUCAGGCGAGGGCGUGGCGGGAGAAGAUGGGAUUGAUCUCGCUCAUCGUGCUGAUCUGUGCGUUCGUCGGCUUCCUCACCUUCGGAUUCACCCAGGCCGUCUGUGGGAACGCCACCGAACGACUGAAGCCGCUGGGUCUGGACAGAGGCUACAUGAUCAUCCACGGCCGCGCCUACAACAUGAACCUCAUGACGCAUCCUGCCGCCGUCGACAUCCCGGCCGGCACCAACCUACUGUACAAUCUCCCGGUCGAAGGCGGGGUCGGCUACGGCGGCAUGGACAUCUCGUUCCUGUUCCAGAACGUCAACGGUCACUGCAAAGGGCUGAUCACCGCCGCCGACAAUUCCGACGUGGUCACCUCCUCCAACGGAGAUCUGGCCUGGUACUUCCCGUGUAAGGCCUUCCGACCCGACGGCUCUUCGCAGCCAAACUCGACGCUCGGCGAGGGACAGUACGAGGGCUGGGGAUGCCACACGACCGAGGUGGCUCGCCAGGCCUACUGGAAAAUGAAGGUGUACGGCGACGUCUACUACAAGUGGGAAGACAUCCGGAACUCGUCCAGGAACCUGGUCGUCUACUCGGGUAGCGUCCUCGAUCUGAACCUGCUCACCUGGCUCGACCGGAACCAGGUCGUGUACACAUCCAAAUUCGACGAGAUCCGACAGAACAGCGCUCUGCGCGGAACAGACAUCACCCAUCGAUUCCAGGCCAACGAGGAGAGGCAGAUGGCAAAAUGUCUUAACGAGAUCAUCAGGGUCGGAAGCAUCGACACUGAGACCGUUGGGUGCAUCGCUUCCCAGGUCGUGCUCUACGUGUCGCUCGCCUUCAUCGUCAGCAUCGUGCUCAUCAAGUUCAUCCUCGCCCUGUUUUUUGGAUGGUUCCUGAGUUGGAGGCUCGGUGCGAACCGGGAUGCCGCCUCGAGGAAGAACCUGAAGGCAAGACGGAACGAGAUCGAGGACUGGGCCGAUGACAUCUACCGCCCGGCACCCAAACUCCAGGACGCAAACAACACCGAUCGAUCCGCCAAGAGGGGCAGCUUCCUUCCCACGACUAGUAGGUUCACUAGUCCCUACGCCGCCGAUCGCCCUCAGAGCAGACACAAGCCGACCAUGACGACGAUGGGCUCGCAGACCUCCAGCGGGCGACACCUGGCCCCCGGCUCGAAUUUGUACUCCCAGGGCAAUGGAUCCCAAGCAAGCAUCAGCGGCAUGAACUCUGGCGUCAGCUCGCAACUGUUGAACCCUUCCUACGGAUCCGGAGUGCCGGGCGACAGGUUCAGUCAGGUAUUCAGCGAGGAAGGCAGUAGUCCUGCCGGCUUCGUCCACGAGGCCGUUGUCCCCCAGCCGCCUCCAGAGUACCAGCCUCACGGAUUCCCGCUCGCUCACUGCAUGUGUCUCAUCACCUGUUACUCGGAAGGCGAGCAGGGAGUCCGCACCACCCUCGACUCGAUCGCGACCACCGAUUACCCGAACUCGCACAAGCUCAUGCUGAUCGUCUGCGACGGUAUGAUUAUGGGUCACGGAGAAACCAUGACGACGCCGGAUGUCAUCCUCUCGAUGAUGAAGGACCACGCUACCCCGCCCGAGAAGGUCCCCGCGUUCUCGUACGUGGCUGUCGCAUCGGGUUCCAAGCGUCACAACAUGGCAAAGGUCUACGCCGGAUUCUACGACUACGGUGACAACUCGCAGGUCCCCGAGGACAAGCAGCAGCGCGUGCCCAUGCUCGUCGUGGUCAAGUGCGGUACCCCCGCGGAAACGAAGAAGGCCGGUAACAGAGGAAAGCGCGAUUCCCAGAUCAUUCUGAUGAGUUUCCUGCAGAAGGUCAUGUUCGACGAGCGUAUGACGGAGCUGGAGUUCGAGAUGUUCAACGGAAUCUGGAAGAUCACUGGAAUGUCGCCAGAUUACUACGAGAUGGUGCUCAUGGUCGACGCCGAUACCAAGGUGUUCCCCGACUCGGUCACCCACAUGGUCGGUGCCAUGGUCCACGAUCCCGAGAUUAUGGGACUCUGCGGAGAGACGAAGAUCGCAAACAAAACGGCCUCCUGGGUGUCCAUGAUUCAAGUGUUCGAAUACUUCAUCUCGCAUCAUCUUACCAAGGCGUUCGAAUCGGUCUUUGGAGGUGUCACCUGUCUGCCCGGAUGUUUCUGUAUGUACCGUAUCAAGGCACCCAAAGGCGGACAGAACUACUGGGUCCCGAUCCUCGCCAACCCGGACGUCGUCGAGCAUUACUCGGAGAACGUGGUUGAAACCCUGCACACCAAGAACCUGCUGCUCCUGGGAGAAGAUCGUUACCUGUCGACACUCAUGCUCAAGACCUUCCCCAAGCGCAAACAGAUCUUCGUGCCGCAGGCCGUGUGCAAAACCGUUGUCCCCGACGAAUUCAAAGUCCUCCUCUCGCAACGCCGCCGCUGGAUCAACUCGACGGUGCACAACCUCAUGGAGCUCGUCUUGGUUAGGGAUCUCUGCGGGACCUUCUGCUUCAGCAUGCAAUUCGUCGUCUUCAUCGAGCUGAUCGGCACGCUCGUGCUCCCCGCCGCAAUAGCAUUCACCUUCUACCUGAUCAUCAUCUCGACGUACACACGGCCGGUGCCGAUAAUCCCGCUGGUCCUGCUCGCCAUGAUCCUGGGCCUGCCCGCCGUGCUCAUCGUCCUCACCGCUCACCGCUGGAGCUACGUACUCUGGAUGCUGAUCUACCUCCUUUCCCUGCCCAUUUGGAACUUGGUCCUCCCCAGUUACGCGUUCUGGAAGUUCGAUGACUUCUCGUGGGGUGAUACUCGUAAGGUCGAGGGCGAGAGUAAGGGCGAUGCACACGACGACGAGGGCGAAUUCGACUCCAGCAAGAUCGUCAUGAAGCGCUGGGGCGACUUCGAGAAAGAACGUCGCCUGAGAGCCCCCCAGAGCAGUUGGGCGCCAGACGCGAAUCGGGCCGCCGCUGCCGCUGCCGGUUACCCGCCCCCGCCACCGAGUCAGUAUCACUCUGGAGGGGGAGGGUGGCAUCAUUAUUCCGAAAGCGAGAUGUAGUAUGUAUGUAUGUAAGUAAUGUUAGGCGUGCGUGUGCGGUAUGAGCAGGAGGGUGGGGAGGGAGGUAUUAAUAUUUGAUUGAUUGAUUGAUUGAUUGAUGUUCUUUUUGAUUUUUGAUUUGGCGGCCGGCGGGGUUUUCUUCUUUUCUUUGGCG